UUCAGAGCACAAACUUAGAGCCGCGAGCAGGAGCAGGCUCGGGAUUUAAACAACUCUCAGCAGAUGAGUCUGUUCACGGCUCUCUCUCGGGUUUGUUUUUCAUCCUACUUUUGAUCCAUGAGAGGAAGCCAGGCUCUCUCCUCUGGGCAAGCAAGUGAUGGGUCCAGCUGGAAAGAGCUUUCUGAUGGCACAGCUGUGAGUGAAUCCAGCACAACAUGUUCAGUGUCGAAGACCUUCUGAUUUCUCAUGGAUACAAAUUGUCGAAAAAUCCCCCUGCUUCAUACGAGAACAGAUACGAUGGAUACCGGCAUGAAACCACGGGGAGCAGAUCUGCCCAGAGACCAGCACUGAAUGGGAUUGAAGCAGAAUCCAGAGCUGGGGCCUACAGCAAGAGGCCUCUGGUGAAAACCAGCUCGAGCAGCACUGAAAGCAGCCAUGGGAGCCAAGGGAGGCAAGCAGGUCCUGGUUACCACCAUGACCUUCAGGGUUUGUCCACUUUUCAUACUUCAGAAGGGGGGGCUUAUGACAGGCCUCAUUUAGCACGGUCUUCCCAGCCCAAGAGUGAUAAAGAUCUGGCCUACUGGAGAAGACGAGGACAGGACUUCAGUGUGCUACUGGGCUAUUCCCAGAAGGCCAGUGUGGAGAUGAAAGGCCUGGCUGUGUCCCCAGGGGCACCCCGGCACCCCAAGGAGAACCAGCUGAAGGUGGGCUCGGGUGCAGGGUAUGGCAGAAGAAGCGGCUUGCAGGAAAGCUGUGAAAUGCCCAGCGCCUGCAAAUGGCAAAGUCUGGAAAUAGAGAGCUGGAACCAGCCAAAAAAGGUGGGGAGGCAAAUGUCUGAGGGUGACAGGGAGAAGCUGCUUCAAGAGCUUUAUUCGCUGACCCUGGGAGACAACGUACUCAGCACCCAGAGCAGGGGGAAAUCGCAGUCCUUGCCAAGGGUCCUUUCACCUGAGAGCAUGCGGUGCGUGGAAAUGCCCUCCCUGACCAACAGUAACAACUCACUCAGUGUCACUAAAACCCCCUCCUAUCCCCCAAACAGACUGGGUGUGGAACCUGCCAAGCACCAUGGAACAGGAGGCAAUGUCCUUCCCCUGGUGAAGCCCAAGUAUGGGAGACCUCUCAAGCCUCCAUCCUAUGAACUGAAGCGGCAGACUAGGGCACCUGCAGAAACCGUGGGUUUCCAGGACCACUACCAGAAAGAGGAACCUGUCUCCUACUUAGCCAAAGUCAAUGAGCCAAGGCAAGAUGCUGGCAUUCCAGACCCUGGUUUGGAGCCCCCAGUGUAUGUACCUCCUCCUUCUUACAAAUCCCCACCUCACCAACACGUAACCCCCCGUUCCCUCAGUGAAGUGCCUAAAACCAACCCGUGCGCCAGCAGUGACCCACAGGGUCCUGCAGAGCAGGUUGUCCCCUGCCAACGACCAGCAAUGAAUACUUUUGAAGUGGGGGGUGACCCUUGCAAAGACAACCAUUUUCCUCAUGGGAAGCAAAGCCAUGCAAGGCGCCCUGCUGACCACCUGUGUUCCGUUCAGUACAUUCCCUUUGAUGAUCCUCGGAUACGACACAUUAAAAUUGCACCACUGGAAGGUCUGCAGGGCAACUCUAACCACACUGAAAAUGCACGUAGUCCCAGUUCUGGUGCUUUGCAAGAGAGAAAUCUUGAAGUACAGUACAACAGUGCCUUUGUGGAUGCAUCAAACUUGUCCAGUUCUGCGAAGGGAGAAAGAACUUCUGACAGCUCCCCGCAUAGCAACAGAUGGUUGGCACCAUCCAUCCGAGAUCAGGAAAACUGUGCCUUGCCGGACCAAAGAGACAAUUGUAGAGCAACUAAUCACAGCCCCCGCAACGAAGUCAGCACAGAGUACACGAAAGGCAAACUUUCUGUAAGAAAUUCACAUAUGGACAACACCUGUGAGACUGUUACAAAAGUGAAAAAGUUUGAACCUGGAACUGGGAUGCAGAGCAAAAAGAGUUCAAAGAAAAAAAUGAAUGAAACUAUAUUUUGUUUGGUAUCCAUCCCAGUUAAAUCAGAAUCCAAUCUGCCAGAUACAGAUAGGAACAACAACAUAACUCAGAGCCCUGAUAAGAAUAGGUUUGAUAACAAUGGAGCUUUGCAAGAACAAAGUCUCUUAAGUAUGUCUUCAACAGACUUGGAGUUACAAGCGCUUACAGGAAGCAUGACCAAUAAAAAUGAGUUACAAAAACAAGAGCUGUGGAGACCAGAAGAGUUCAAACAAAUGAAUGACCUCAGAUUUAUUCAGCCUACAAAACACAGAGAGCUCAAAUAUUCUGGCUCCUGGCCAGGUGAUCAGUACAAAGACCAGCAGACGCAGACAAGUUUCUCUGAAGAACCUGAGAGCCCAGAAUUUUUCCAUGGUACAAAGCCUGGGAAGCCUGAUAGUAGCAAGCAGCUAUCUCCAAAACUCCCAGGAUGUACAACAUCCACAGUGGGGGCAAAACAGACAGGGUCACCUUCUGAUGAGAGAAGCUGCAGACAGAACAGUUACAGUAUGAAGGGCCAGACUCACCUCAGCCAGUCUAGCAACAGUGCAUUUUCCAGGACUGCCACCUCAGUCCUUAAGUCUCCCUCCCCAAAAGCCCACCAGAGCCAGCCUGUGCCUGUCCAAGAGAGGGAAAAUGGCCUUCUUUCCAAGGGAGAUGUAGUUAAGGGAGAGCCAGGUGCUCCCUGCAACAGUACAGAACCAUUUGGGCAGUUCCUGUUGAAACCUGUAAGUCGCCGUCCCUGGGAUGCAAUAAGUGAGCUAGAAAGUUUUAACAAGGAGCUGCAAGGGCAGGAGGAGAGCACAAGCAGUGAAGAAGAUUUGGAAACUGCUGCAGCUCCUCUGCAGUCAGGUGCCUUUAUGCACAGGAGUGAGUCCAGAAAUGAGAAAUCAAGCCAGGAGCUAAAACAUGGUGGGAAAUCAGAAAUGGUUGUGCCAGAGGUGCCUGUAAUUAGGCCAGGAAGGGUUAAAAGUAAGUCUGAAAGUUGGAGCAUGGGGACAGAGCAUGGUGGCGAGCUAAGAUGUGGUGGCUCUCAAGGCUUUUCAAAGCCAGGAGGGAGCAGUGAAGGAGUCAAGCCAGCAGAUGGAAGACUGAUAGAAAUGGGGAUGGGGGAAGCCAAGAGCAGAACAAGCAAACAGCCAGUUCAUGAGAGCCCUAUCAGAAGAGUUUUGUCCAGUAGCUCAAGUAGUUCAUGUCACAGUAAUCCUUUCAAUAACCCUGUCUUGCAGGAGAUGAGUGAAGACCAAAAUUACCUAGACUUUGUUAAACUGAGCAAAUGUGCAACUCCCACAAAUGAUAGGGUAUUAGAGAGAGGGUCAGGAGUAUGCUUGUCACUAACAAAGAGGAACCAAAGGUGCUCUGAGCCAGAUUUGAGGUCAGUAGGACUUGAUGUGGCCCCAGAACCUGGUGCUAACAACUCUGAUCACUCUUCAGAUGCAAAUGCAGUGGAAAUCCCUGUGAAUGAGUCAUUGCAGGCAAGAGCUGCAAGAAUUUUAGGUAUAGAUAUAGCAGUGGAGUCUCUCCUUCCAGAUGACCGUGCUGAGCCCCACCCAGGCACUAGCCCUUCAAACAGUGCUCAGGACUUUGAGUCAUCAACAAUAGGGAACACAGUAAGUAACAAAGAAGGAAAAAAGGAAGAUUCUUAUGAAGGCAGACGAAAGUGUGGCUGGACAGAGAGUGCUCUCUUUGUCAGAGCCGGAGGGCGAUCUUUAUACCCUUUUGAAAGCCAGGCCACUCUCCAGGAAGCCAAUGCUAAACCACUGGUAACUGAGCAAGUUCUUGAACAGCCUGUGAGUCCCAGCCAAGGUGAGGACCAAAACUUGGUUUGCAAGUCAGCUGCUUAUCAGCAUUCAGAAAAGAGAGUGAGGAGCACCUCCAAAGUGAUAGAGACACUCCAAGGCAAGCUCACGUCCCCACCCAGCCGGACUGCCAUGGAUCGCUUGGUGCGCAUGAAGGAAGUUGACUCUGUGUCGCGCAUGAGACGCCUGAGCAUUAAGAGCGCAGACUCGGGAGAGGAGGUGGAUGAGGAGAAGCUGUCGAAGGUACCAGAGGAGAGAGGAAGCAAACUGGCAAGCUCAGGGGCUGUUUCCAAGCGUGUCAUCUCUCUCAGUGAAAAUGGAUGUUUAGGUGGAAUGGACAAGAAGAAGAUCGAUAGAGAUUUUUCGUUAGAUACAUAUGACCCCACCAAAGUUGAAAAGGUGUGAGAUUAAUGAAGAGGAGAAUAGAGAAAUUUCUGCUCUACUAAGAAUGUUUCACUGAUUUUUUUCUGGGUGCUUUUUGUUUGGUUUUUGUUCUUUAACAUUUGGAAAUUGUCUCCAUUUGUGAUGUUCAUGGUGUACUGAUAAUGCCUUUACCACUGCCACUAGGAAUUAGCUAUUCAUGUCUGAGACUGUUGUGGAGAUCACAGAAAAAUGACUUCUACAUUGGAACCAUCUGGCUUUGUAGUGUUUAAGACAAUAUCUACCAUUGGCAAAGAGUUUUCAUCUGAACUUUAUUUCAGUCUUUAGCAAGGAUAAUGAAACGCAUCAAGUGAGGUGUUACAUUGGUGUAAAUGUAAGCGUGGGAAAUUUGUGAAAUUAUUUUUAAAAGAAUGUGAAUCUAUAAGCUACACUUCUAAGUAUCUACAUUCUAAACUUUGUUUAACUUAAGGGAUUUUUGGCCAUAAGUAGGAAGUGCUGCUGCACUGUGUGGGGGAAGGAAUGUGAAAGAAUGGUAGCAAAGACUGAUUGUGAAAUUCUCUCUGACUUCCAGAGUUUGAAUUUACUUGGAUUAAAUACUUACUUGCCACCUAUAAAGAAGAAAAACAAAACCCAAAAGCUUCUAAAAGAUGGAAGACUUUUGUAGUACAGUGUACAGAACAUGUAAUUAUAGUAGCUGGCAACUAUGUUUCAAACCAAUGCAAAGUAUACCACUGGCUGUUUUGCACUCAGUAUUACCUGUUUUUGUUUUGCUGUUUAGAAAUUCUUUAUAUGAAAGAAUAGUAGCUGGUUUAAAAUAGCCCAUUUUAACAAAGUAACUAUAUUUCUUGUUACAGAAUACUAUCUAUUUUUCUACGAUGUAAACAAUUGCUAACAAGUGGCAAGUAUAAAGAAGUAUUAUUAUUAUUAUAAUUAUUAUUAUAAUUAUAUUUUAAGAAGACUUAUUCCUUUGAGUGAAGGUGCCCCAAGCAGAUUUCACUUAUAUAUCUUAAUGCACACACCAUAUUGCCACUUACUUGGUAGUGCUACCUUAUUUUGCUCUGAAAAAAAGCCAUCUAUCUAUCUAUCUAUCUAUCUAUCUAUCUAUCUAUCUAUCUAUCUAUCUAUCUAUCUAUCCAUCAAUCUAUCCCUCUAUCCAUCUAUCUAUUUACCACAGGGUUAAUUUCUAAUUUUUCCCACUCAACCAUUGGAUUGUUCUUCUUGGAGCCACUUUCUGAAACACACUGAGAACUCUCCAGGCUGGUGCUGCUGCCAUUCCAUUCCAGGGACGCUGAUUACCAAAAAGUGGGUUUGGAUCUUUGUCCCAGUGUUGCCGAGUGGCUCAGAUAAAAUGCCUGCUUGCUUUCUUAUACUUUGAUCCCUUUUACAGAUUAUGAGUUUGGAUUAGGCCAGUGCACAAAAGUAAGUAAAACUGGGUUCUUCUUCCCUGAAGCCACCAGGUGUUGGUGGGGAGAAGUUCAAGUGUCUUUUUGAUGGCAUUUAAAUACAUGGCUUUAAAUAUAUUUUAUCUGCACACACAAAUGCAUGAAUUACAGAAUUUAUAAUAAAGCCUAUGCAUUCUGCCCUUUGAUCCUGAAUUAGCCUGCUAAUUAUCUGUGUCUUAAAAGCCUUUAUGUCAAUUCCUGUAAGUUUUUUGUAAGUACCUGUGUACUAUCAUUUUUCUGAUGACUUGUUCAUGUAAUUCACCAGUCUAUUCUCUUGGCCUUUUCUGGGUUUUAGCAUAAUUUUAUUUUUUAAAAUCUUGUAAUUUCUUGAAAUAUUUUUUCCUAAGUCUGUAAUUUGGAAAGAACGAUCGGGAAAAACACUCAUCCCGUGUUUUGGCAGCAAGAGUUUCUUGUCUGUAACACAUGAUUCUGUUACAUAUGGACUAUUUAAAGCUUGCUUGAAAAGAAAAUGUGGUGUAUAAUUUAUUUUAUUAACUCUUGCACAUGCUGUGUAGCAAUACUUGUUGACAAACUGUUCCUACCACUCUUACUAUAUUCACCUCUCUUCAUCACCAUCUAGGACAUCCAGGGAUUUGUAGAUAGAAAACAUGUUUCUCCCCCCAAUGCCUCCCCACCCGAAUCCUGCCCAUAAAAAAACAGUUCUGGAAGAACUUCAUCCACUAUCAUCUUCCUACUAACCAGUGAAGCUGAGAUGCAUAGCAAUUAAUUGAAAGUUUUAGUUUAACCUUGAUUGCAGAAGAACUGUAAAUUGUCCCAUACAAGCAUUGCUAUUACCUUCUGUUUAUGUCUACAGGGAACAGAAGUGUUCUGUGCACUUUAUUUUCUUCUGAUGGGAAUAGGUUUAUUGAUUCUGCAAUGUGUCUGUUUCAUCAGUUAUGUCAAGUAAUUACUUUUCCAAAGCACACAAACAUCCAAGACCUUAAAAAAAAAAAAAAAAAAGAAGUGGCAAGAGGCACCAGUAUUAACAAUAUUGCAGACAAAGUUUUAUUGAUCAAAACCAAAAAAAGAAAACCUAAAAAGUGGGUAAGCUUUGUUUUGCAGUAGUGUGUGACUGACCAGUGGAUGAAGGAGCAGAAAUGGUGUAUUCCUCUAACAGCAUUGGUAGUUUCAUUUGAUACUAUGAUACAGACAACUGAGAAAUCCAUAGGGUACAGUUUUCUCUGCAAUUCUGUCUCUAUUUCUGCAGUGUCAAUACCAUGGGUCAGCUAUUGGAAUGGACUGUAUUGUACCAUUGUACCAUCACUGUAUUGAACCACCUUUCCAGAAGCCUUUUGUCAGUUUGCAGUCAACAGAGAGCUCCUUUUAUGCCAGACAUGGUUAAAAACCAGUAAAAGGGGAUUGCCAGUGCCUGUCUCAGUAGGUCCAUAAAACUGUCUUGGCAACAGCCCUCACUGGUAAUGGCAGCAGCAGGAGCUCAGGGCUGAGCGGGUGCCGAGGUGGAGCACGCAGCAGGCUGCUCCGGUGCCUCGUGCAAUGCAAGCACAGUGAAAAGUGAGGAACUCUACCUUUAUUCUAGGGGGAAGAGCAGAGCUAGACCUCAAAAAUUGUGUUUUUACAACGUGCUGUGUAUCCAACUCAUGCUGCUCCUAUGCUGUUAUAGCUGAGGAAGCUGAAGCUGGGGGAAGAUACUGUUUUCAUGAGCAAUCUCAGAAAUUCAUGCAAAACCCCCCCCAAGCCUGACUGGUCCUUACAUUUAAAAAAAUGUUUAAUGGGGACGCUCAGGACCUGGACGGCUAAAGAGGACCUGCCAACUCCUUCCCUUUACCCUGUUGAAAUCCAGAAGGGACAGUCACAUCCUGAGGGGCUGGUACCAGUAACAGCGGCUGGUGGCAGGGAAAUAAAAUCGAACGCGACA